AUGCUUCGCACCCGGAUGCUACCGAUUUUGACGCCAGUCUUUUUGCUUCCGCUGCUCUUUCAUGUCGUGGCGGUCAUCAUCUUCGCUACGAUGGGCUGUUCGGAGCAGAGCGAUGAUGAUAUCCUGGCUAGCGAGACAGUUCGCCUCGCUUGCCUCGUCUUUGCCGCCCUUGUCGUUUUGGGCGCUCUUCUGACCGUGGUCAUCAACGCGGCACACUAUUUUGUGCUAAUCGGGCGUCGAAACCGUCGAAAAGCCCGGUGCAACUCGAUCAUCCGCACCGUCUGCUUCGCCUUUUUGAUGGGCCAAUUUUGUGUGUCCCUGACAGCGUUCGCCUUCCUGCUCAACAACCCGAGCCUAAUGGGCCUCGUCCAGACGCCAAUCAUCGGCCUUUCCAUCGACAUUUACGGCAUUUUCAUCCCGAUCCUGUGCAUCAAUUUUACGGCCCAAAACGCGGGCCCCUCCGGUGCUUGGAUUGUGAUAUUU